CACGGGGGUUGAUCAAAAAGUUUCCUUUUGCUUUCCAAAGUCGCUGUCUGAGCAGAGGCAUCGGAAGAGGAGGCCGGUUGCUCUAACAUUCCUCGGGAAAGCGACUUAAAUGCAAUGAGAAGGCUUCUCUUCCCAGGGACACGCAGCCAAGAACAGACACAGAGAAGCUGUUUUCCUUCUCUUCUCUCCCAACUCCUACUGGAGUUGAUCAGCUCUCAUUUCUGGCAUGCGUCUCAACUCUCAGGAUACCAUGUCACAGUAUUCUACUAACUUUCUCUUGCUUCCCAUACCAGAGUAUCCGGUAUUAGACUGCGUGCCCAACAAAAUCAUCAAGCUGGUGGUGCUGGGUGGCAGCAGUGUUGGCAAGACAGCUCUGGUUGUGCGCUUUCUCACUAAGAGAUUUAUUGGAGACUAUGAAGCCAACGCUGGUGCAUUGUAUUCAAGAAAAUUCACCAUAGAUGGGGAACAGAUCUCCCUACAGGUGCAGGAUACUCCCUUUGUUUCACUGGAGGAUGACACUGACAGCAUCUGCUGCCAGGAGCAGAUCAACCGCUCGAUCUACUGGGCAGAUGGCUUCGUUUUUGUUUACUCCAUCACAGAAUACGAGAGCUACCGCGUCAUCCGGCCCCUGUACCAGCACAUCCGCAAGAUUCACCCCAACGCUAACAUCCCCCUGCUUCUGAUGGCAAACAAAGGAGACCUUCUGCGAGCCAGGCAGGUGUCCUCCAAAGAAGGACUCCAGCUGGCCAGCGAACUGGGAGGUACUUACUAUGAAGUCUCAGCGCGGGAGAACUGCGAGGGCGUGCACGAAGCCUUCCAGCAGCUGUGCCAGGAGGUCAGCAGGAUGAUUGGCAGCUGCAAUGGAGAGAAACGAAGAGGCCUCCACCUUGUCCGACCCAAGUCUCCAAAUAUGCAGGACUUAAAGAGACGUUUGAAACAGGCUCUGACUUCCAAAGGGAAAUCUGCCACUACGCUUUGAUGUAGCUGAUAAAAAUAGUUUUCCACACCCCUGGACAAAAGGCAAGCAAAUAAACUGGUGUUCAAGGGAAUCUCCAAAAUACAGUAUUUGGGUUGUGUGAGAGGUCCCUUCAUUCUCUCUGUGUAUCUUCCUUCAAAAUUCCAUGUUUGUUCAUCAGAGGAACUCACAGAACGUUCUCCUGUGGCAAGAAUGUAGAAACUGAUUUAAGGUAUAGAUUGUCCCAAAUUAUUUCUUUCCCAAAAGGAAUGCAGUCAAAUAGUUUAGGCAUAAAAUGUAGAUUUUAUUAAUAAAAUAAAUAAAUCUUACUGAUUUAUUUAGAGGAGUGGCUUCUCUUGGGGACAGCUGUAUUCUUGAGUGUGGGCAGUAAGCUACAGCAAGGCACCAGGAGAGUGACAUGAGCCAUACUGAGCAAGCAAAACCAAAUUUGCUUAGUCACAAGACUGGAAAAUAAAGACAAAAAGUAAAUGAUAAGCAUAAGUAGUAAAAAGUAAUAAUUUAACAAAUAGAAUUAAUUCAAAUCUAGAACACUUAGAAGGUGUUCUUAGCAACAUGGGGAGAGAUUUGCAAGCUUCUAUAAGAUAUAAGCUUUUAUAAGAUAUUUUUAAAACUAUAACAAUUUAUUUCAGAUUAUUUUUCUUUAAGUGCAUACCAUUUCUG